AUGAUUUUGCUGUAUGAGCUGCAAAAACGGCUGGCCAACCUCAGGCCCACCACCACUGUAGUGACCACACCCACCGGAACGAGAUACAUAGAACGACGACAAUCAUUCGGCAACGGAGAGCAUCAUCAGGAAAAAGAACAAUUGGAGGCUCGUCAAUAUGGUUUUGUAGUAGAUACUAAACCGGAUACGAUGCCCGCUUGUAUUUUAAGUGACUUCCUUUACUUGGGCUCCCAGGAUGCGGUCAAUUUGGAGAAUGUAUUUAAAUAUAAAUUAACCCACAUCUUAAGUAUUGGCAUAGAAUCUCCCACCAUUGAAUUGCCUUCGAACUUGACGCUAAAAUCCAAAUACUUACCAUGCCUGGAUUUGCCAGAAACCGAUAUAAUCAAUUAUAUUAUGCCCGUGUCCAUUCAAUUUAUUGAGGAUGCUCGCCAAAGUGGAUGCGGGCGUGUUCUAGUUCAUUGCAACGCAGGUGUAUCUCGUUCAGCGUCUAUUGUGAUUGGUUAUUUGAUGAAACAACGGGAUAUGAGCUUCGAUGACGCCUACAAUCUAGUCAAGUCCUGGAGACCUUGCAUACAGCCCAAUGUGGGAUUCAUGCAGCAAUUAAAGAAAUAUAAUAAUAGAGAAAAAGUUGUUAGUAGCAAACACGUAUAAGCAAUAAAACAAUGUAUUAAAACAUA